CCUUAUAUUAUUACAUCUACCACGUAUCUUAAUUUGUUUCAAUUUGAUGCUAAUACUAAUAGUCAAGUUAAUUUAGAUAAGUAAAUUUCAAAAAUUGAACAUAGGAAAUCUGUAUCAUCUAAAUUAUGUAAUAGAAAAUAUUAAUAUUUCAUUUAUAAUUCUGUUUAUAAACAAUUGGAUUAUGGUUAAUUAAUGUACGAGUUUCGCAGAGAUCUUGUAUUUGAUAGUUGACCGGUCAAGAAGGUCUCGGAUAUUUCACAAUAGUGGUGAGGACUGAGGUCUUUUUGCUAUUUGGGUUAACGUCAGGACUUGGGAGUAAAUACAAGAUCUUUUUGCCUUGUCAUCAUCAACUCCAGUCUUCUUCUCUGUUUCUAGUCAACUUUCACGCUUGCCAUGGAAUCCUUCAACUCGGAGCAACCGGAACUUGUUCCUGACCCGCAGAGGAGAAAAACAAUCCAUCAAUAGUUGGAGAUUGCAAAUCGGGAAUCAGAUAUCAUCCCAGAUCUGCCUAUCGAACUCAUCGAAGAAAUCCUUUUGAGGCUACCCGCCAAAUCCUUGGGGAGAUUCAAGUGUGUUUCAAAGCCAUGGCUUUCUUUGAUCUCAAGCCAAGGAUUUAUCAAAGCCCACUUCGCAAUUGCAUCUGGAAGGGAUGAUUUUGGACACCAUGGCUUCAUCUUCACUGCAUAUACCGCAGACGGUGGCUUCCAUCCCGAGCUGCUGUAUUCUGUUACCUCUCUUCUGUAUACGGCCGUCCUCUGAAACCGUCGCUCCGAAGGUAUUUGAGGUUGAUUUACCUGUGAAUCCUAAUAAAUCAUGUUGGUCUAUAAGUUCUUGCAAUGGGCUGGUUUUAAUUACGAACAAUGGUGAUGAAUUGUUUCUGUGUAACCCUUGCACUAAACAAAUUAAGAAAUUGCCUGACCCGGGUAUGGAAAAGAAAGAUUACGUUGCAAAUUUCGGGUUUGGCUAUGAUAAGUUGAAUGAUGAUUUUAAAGUAGUAGGCCUAUUUCGGAGACGGAGUGGCAUGAAUGGAUCUUUUAUGUAUGGCGAAAUCAAAGUGUUUAGUCUAAGGAAUAACUUUUGGCGUGGGAUUGAGAAUCUUAAGAAUCUAGCUGAGGAGAUUUGCAAUGACUAUUAUUUCCAUUAUGCAAGUGGAAGUCUCCAUUGGUGCGUCAGUGAUGGACCUCGUUGGAAAAUUGCUGGCUUUGAUUUAGCGAAUGAGACUAUGUUGAAUUCAACCCUCCAAACUGUGUAGGUAGACCAUAUUAUUUUGAAAUUGGAGUGUUAGGUGACCGACUUUCAGUGGUUUAUGAAUAUGAAAGGGAGGGAGGAGAAGAGCACGUGUAGUCUUUGAGGGGGAAGGGAGGAGAAGAGCACGUGUCUGCCUAUAACAAUUUACAGGAAGCUAGUCUGCCUAUAACAUAGUUAGCAGUAAUUAUAAGUCAUACUGGCAUUUUACAACUGAAAUAUUGAAAUGCUUGGAUUUACAGUUAGCCGUUUGAGGAUUUACAGUUAGCCAUUUGAUUUAUGUCUCAGCCAAUGCUUCUUUUUCAUACGUGUCCUGAUAAAUUUGUCUGGAGAUGAUGUAUGCUGAUUGAAUGUUUAAGCAAAGUUAUUCAUUGUAAAAUGGAGAUGCUCGUGACACAAGCGGAAGCGUUCCCCGAUUUAUGGACCUCAGCAUAUGUUCAGAGUUGGAUUUAAUUCCCUACAAGACAGUGAUACUUGCUCUGACCUUAAUCUAUCAACUUCGCAUCACCAUUUCCUGGUUCUAGCUUCUUGUUGACCCAGAAUUUAAUCCGCGACUCCAUUGAAAUGGUAGAGACCGCAAGUGCUUAAUCCAGUGAAUCAUUAUCAAUUGUGCAUUAUCUGGUGGAUUCUAGCUGUGCUAAAGUAUUUUAUCCCCUAC